GCUCUUGACACUGCACUAACAAUAUAGGUCUAGGUUCACGCUUGACGUCCAUCUCGAAUCCAACCACGAUAUGGCCUAUUUGCAGGCUCGUAUAUACAUUGUAUGGCAAAGUGUAUCAUAGGCUCAACUCAUGAGGCAAUAUCCUCAAGAUGAAUAUUUCAACAAUGGCCGACACUGGCUCAUCUUUCCUUCCUCGAAUUGAAUCCGUAUUCUAUGCCAUUUUUGACAUAGAGCAUGGGCCAAAAAUUGUCCACCAGGUUCCAGAAGGUCUAAUAGCGACCUCUGCCAGCUCUUCAGGAACUUCCAAGUCAAAUCAUGACACCACACAGUCACCUUCUUCUUUUUCUGCCAUGACUUCCAAAGAUGAUAGUGAACGCGACAUUCCUACGAGUUCUACCUCUGCCCUUGGAACUCCAAUGCUCAGUGCAGUCGACGUCCGUCAACUGCGGUCUCCUCAGAAACGACCCGAUUCCAGCAACAAAUAUCUCUUUAAUUUCGACGAUAUAUCCAAGUACAUCAUACCCAACAGUGCCUUGUAUGGCAGAUUGGUUAUUUGUGCUACGCGAGGGCAUCGAAUCAUAGGCUUUCCUGUUGAGAUGAAAGGCCGGUACGAACGAAACUACUUUCGGUUCAAUCUAUGCUUUGUCUUCGAUCGUACCGCCGACCUCAGCUGUUUCGAGCCCGUGAUACGCAAGAUCGGAAGAGUCUUGACUGCUUGUGAGGAUGAGUCGCGUUUCCUAUCUUCGGAGGACAAUUCUUCGGCGAUUCAUGCUAUCCUGGAGCAGCUUUAUGAAGACCUGAAUUCAUAUCGGGAGACGUCGAUCCCAAUAGACAAAUUUAAUUCCAUUGAACUGAAGAUUUUCCCAUUCUUUCCCAAUCCCGCCCCCAUUCAUGAUUGGCAAGUUCCCCUUGCUUUGAUCAAUCUCAAAGACAGGAUAAGGUCUAAUUGGGAUUUGACUAUAGUCAAGAUUUGUAAAUAUAUAGAUGGCGUCAACCACAUUGCACGCAUCGCAACUCUGGCUGAUUGCGACGUUGCUCUUGUUCGCGAAGCUGUUUCGCAUCUCCUUUAUUAUCAGGUGGUCACGUUGAUCGACAUCUUCCAGUUCUCUAACGUAUAUACACUACGCAAGAGCAUACAGUGGAUGGCCGACCAGCCUCACGUCACGGAAGAGGGCCCGUCCUAUGUAGCCAGACCCGGGGCCGUCCUCGAUUGGCCAAAACUACUGCAUUUGUACUCAAGGCUGAAGUCAGGAAAGACUGUAUAUGAAUGGAUGCAGGAGUAUGAUGUCUUUAAUCAGGGUAUCGACAUAAGGCGAUUCAUCAGCUUCGGAGUUGUCAAGGGGUUUCUGAGGAGAGUUCACCGGUGGCCAAUACUCAUGCCUUCCUCGAAACCAAGCUCUACAGCAGAGAUGAGAGAUUCUGCGAGACUUGGCGACAGAAGUCGAGUGUCAGAGCUCUCGAGCAUUGUAGCUCAACCGUCUCUAUCCUUCGCUCGUCCAGAACCCGAUCAGUCAAGAGUCCGAGCCCCAGUACAAGAAGCCCUGCCCACCAUCACCUCUGCCGGUGCAGAGCUAGUUCCAAUCAGCCCCAAAGAACGCGAGAGUGUCCAACGUCACGUGAGCGCUGCCGAAAGGUCUUUGGCUCGACUCCACAACCGCAUCUCAAAACCGCAAUCUGAAGAACGAACGCCAAUUGUACGCACUAGACCAUUGCGUACACCAAGCAUGAGUGCAAGAGAGCCUCCUCCCGCUCGACGUCCCCAAGUAGAUUACUCUAAUCUGAAUUCUGCUGUUCCCACCUAUGUCUCUUCGUCGCCCCAGUUCUCCUCUAUGCGGUUAUCACCGGACGCGGGUGGUGGCUCCGACAGCAUGGAAAGCGAACAUUCCAGCGGCGGUCGGAGCACCGUUGGUGCCAUAGCGAGAGGGAUACGUAUGUCAAAGUCUCCCUCUGCACCCGGGGCACAUCUGCCGCACACUGCGUCCCCGUUCCCACCAGCCUUGGUUCCGCUGUUAGAUGGAGAACACCAUACAGAUGAGCUAUGCACGCGGUUCAAUGUUGGCUGGCCUAUGUUGUCACAGUGGUUAGUUAUGGCAGGAGGGGGACAAGAAGAUGGUGACUACGGAGAUGUGUGCAUAAUUUAUCGAUGAGGCUGUUCAAUACUAUGAGAAAUCUAAUGCAUGCUAUUUUGUAACACAUAUGAUCUACACAUGAACAGUCUUUAGAUAGGUCCGAGUUCGUUGCAAGGGUAUUUAUAAAAGUCCAUCAAAUGGGUAUACUACCUUUCAACUUGAACAAUCGACUACUUUGGCCCACAGCGAACUUGAUGGUUCCUUUUGGUCUUGCCCAGCCUUGCCCAACGGUGUCCCAGAUAGACAAGUCGUAUCGAGACAGGUUGAUGGUAACGGUCUUGCUCUGGCCUGGUUUGAGUAAAACGUCCGCGAAUCCCUUCAGGACCGAAGGAGGUUCUCCAGCGGAAGCGGGAUGUUGGAUGUAAAGUUGUGGAAUCUAGUGUAGAUGCAAACAUCAAUCAUAGGUCUACUAUCAUCA